AUGGCUGGUAGUGCCGAUCUUACCAUAGUGUGCAAAGGUGCUAUGAACCACAAUAACCCAGAGCCUGACAAGGGCACAGACCACAAGCCUGGAAGUGAAGGCGAUUCCAUGAGAAGGCCCCGUGGCAGGCCCACAGGCUCAAAAAAUAAGCCAAAGCCACCCAUAAUCCUCACCAGAGACAGUGCAAAUGCGCUUCGAGCACAUGCCAUGGAGGUGAGUCCUGGAUGCGAUGUGACUGAAAGCCUAACGACCUUCGCGAGGAGGAAACAACGUGGCAUUUCCGUGCUCAGUGCUACAGGCUAUGUAACUGAUGUUUCACUGCGCCAACCGGGCUCAACUGGUGCCAUUCUGACCCUCCACGGGCGGUUUGAAAUUCUGUCACUCCAAGGGUCAAUCUUACCACCACCUGCCCCACCAGGGCUGACUAUAUACUUGGCUGGUGCUCAGGGGCAGGUGGUAGGUGGUGGCGUAGUCGGUGCACUUAUUGCAUCUGGUCCAGUCGUAAUUAUGGCUGCUACUUUCAUGAAUGCCACUUAUGAAAGGUUGCCCCUGGAAGAGCAUGAAGCAGCAGAAAAUCAUCACCAGCAUUUCCAGAAUGUCCGCCAGGCGCAGCAGCAGCAUCACCACUUUGAUAUUUCUGAAAUAUAUGGGAAGCCACUGAAUUUGCCUAGUAAUGGUACUUCAGUGCCUUCAGAGAUAUAUACAUGGACAUCAGGCCGUCAAACACUUUCCAAGACUUGAAGAUUGUUGAUUGGUACUGAAGAUUAAUUUUAUUUAUAUUUGUUUAGUCGAAAUGAAAGAUUCAAAAUACCAUGUUAACUUUUAUUUAUAUUUAGGUUAAUCGAAAUGCAAAAAAAAAAAAAGUUUAUUUAAUUUGUAAAACUUCAUGUUUUUAUAAAAGUUAGUUUCUUCA